UUGCCGAAAAUAUUUUCAUUCAGAAACACGAGGAAUUUCCCAGCGAGGCAUGCGGCAUUCGGGUCAAGGAAACUGACACAGACUUUCGAGUUGGCUGUUUUCCGAGUGGUUCCGCAACUGUGCUUGGACGACUACCAUUUGCGCUACACAAAUGGAUUCAUUGGUCGUUCGAACGAAUUCGGACCACCGGUUGGCUCUCAAAUGCCGGCACUUAUGAGUGACGGCGAACGCGGCAGCAACUUGUCGCCCAAGAACGGGUCUUUCAAUGAGGAACAUCGCAAUUCGACACGAGAAAGACCAAAAGGGCAGAGGCUCGAGCGUCCCAGUGAGAAUUCGGCCAGAAGCGGCUCGACUAGCGCAAAUUCACCGAGACAUGGCACCAAGCCGGAUUCUACUAGAAGUGCCAAAUCUAGCCCAGACAAUUUCGCAGUGACGUCGGUCCCUACUAGAUCCUCACAUGCUAGGGACUCUGAAGGCGAUCUCCAAGAUAUAACGGCCUCAGGAUCCGUUGGUACGGUGCCCACUCAGGAGUCCAUAAAGAUGACAGUUCCCAUCAGCGCCAAAACAUUCUCCCCACCAGUGCCCAAUAAGCAGCGGAUAUUAAAUACUACUGUCAAGCCGAAUGUUGGAUUGACACCGGCUCCUAAAGAACAUAAAGGUGAAAAGGAAGUCAUUUUGGAUCUGGAUGACCACGUUAAGAAAAACAAGGACAUAAUGGUUGCAAAGCGACGAGAUCCAUCAUUUCUUUCGGGACCACUACAACCACAUCGACGCUUCCUCCAACAACGACACCGAAAAAUUGCCGGCGAAUGUGAGACAAAUCCAUUCUGGAUGCGUAUCAAAUGUGCGAAAACAUGUGGAACAUGCGAUUGCUCAUGUAUGUACCGGAAAGAUUUUGUAUGA